AUGCUGGCACGUUCCCUUCUGCGCGUGCCCAACCGGGCCAUCGCACGCCAGUCACUCGGCAAGUCCACGCGUGCCUCUUCCACCGCCGCCGGCGCCGAAUCCGCCAGCUCCCCCUUCCACCUCACCCUCACUGCCUCGCUCGCAACCGCCGCGGCUGCCGGUUCCGCCGCCUGGUACUACCAUCUUUAUGGCCAGGAAGCCUUCGCCUCUACACCUGCUGAGGAGGGUCUGCACCCUACCCAGUACCCUUGGGUUCACCAGCGCUUCAACAAGACCUUCGACCACGCCGCUCUUCGCCGUGGUUUCCAGGUCUACCGUGAAGUUUGCGCCAGCUGCCACUCCCUGACCCGUGUCCCGUGGCGUUCGUUCGUUGGUGUCAUGCACACCGUCGAUGAGAUGAAGACCAUGGCCGAGGAGAACGAGUACGACACCGAGCCCAACGACCAGGGCGAUAUCGAGCAGCGCCCCGGAAAGCUUUCCGAUUAUAUCCCCGCUCCCUACAAGAACGACGAGGCUGCCCGUGCCGCCAACGCCGGUGCUCUGCCCCCUGAUCUGAGCUUGAUCGUCAAGGGCCGUCACGGUGGCUGCGACUACAUCUUCAACCUUCUGACCGGUUACCCCGAUGAGGCUCCUGCCGGUGCUGCCGUCGCCGAGGGCAUGAACUUCAACCCCUACUUCCCCGGUACCGGUAUCGCCAUGGGCCGUGUCCUGUUCGACGGUGUUGUUGAGUACGAGGAUGGCACCCCCGCCACCACCUCCCAGAUGGCCAAGGAUGUUGUUGAGUUCCUCAACUGGGCCGCCGAGCCCGAGAUGGACGACCGCAAGAAGAUGGGUGUCAAGGCCAUCGCUGUCCUGUCCGGUCUGUUCGCCAUCAGUGUCUGGGUCAAGCGCUACAAGUGGGCCCCCAUCAAGUCCAGAAAGAUCGUGUACAGCCCCCCCUAUUGGACCCCGCCGCUAAACAUGAUGGCCGAAUGGCCUGUAUGA